GCGCGGCCUAGGCGGGCCGCCUGCUGCCUGCCUGUGUCCGGCCGGGCUGGGCGGAGGAGGGAGCGGCUGGCGGCGGGAUGGCGGAGCCGGAGAGCCCCGAGACGGCGGCCGAGCACGAGAGGAUCCUGCGCGAGGUGGACAGCACCGACACGGCCUGCCUGGGGCCCACCCUCAGGUCUGUCUACGAUGGUGAGGAGCAUGGGCGCUUCAUGGAGAAACUCGACGCUCGCAUCCGGAAUCACGACCGUGAAAUCGAGAAGAUGUGCAACUUCCAUUACCAGGGCUUUGUGGAUGCCAUCACUGAAUUCUUAAAAGUCAGGGCAGAAGCCCAAAAGCUCAAGAAUCAAGUCACGGACACAAACAGAAAACUGCAAAUGGAAAGCAAAAAACUGGUGGGAGCAAUGGAAGAGCUGAAACAGUGCCGGCUGCAGCAGCGCAAUAUUUCUGCCACAGUGGAUAAGCUCACGCAGUGCCUUCCUGUUCUGGAAAUGGAUAGCAAAUUAAGAGAGCAAAUGAAAUCUAAAAGACACUAUCCUGCCCUGAAGACUCUGGAGCACCUGGAGCACCUGCACUUGCCUCAAGUGAGCCAUUAUCGCUUUUGCAAGGUCAUGGUGGACAACAUUCCAAAACUGCAUGAGGAGAUCAAGGAAGUCUCCAUGUCCGACCUCAAAGAUUUCCUGGAGAGCAUCCGUAAGCACUCGGACAAAAUUGGCGAGACAGCAAUGAAGCAGGCCCAGCAGCAAAGGAACCUGGGCAACGUUGUGUCUCAGCCCUCGAAAGCUGGUGGUCGGCGGUUCAAGAAGGAUGCUUCUGCAGGAUCGGAGCCAGAGGUCAAAAGCACGAGCCCAACGUCCGAGCAGGAUUCUGGGAUCUUGGAUGUCGAAGACGAAGAGGAGGAUGAGGAGGUGCCCGGUGCCCAGGAUUUGGUGGACUUCUCCCCCGUCUACCGCUGUCUGCACAUCUAUUCAGUCUUGGGCGCCCGAGAUUCCUUUGAGAGCUACUACCGGAAGCAGAGGAGAAAGCAGGCCCGGCUGGUGCUGCAGCCCCCCUCCAACAUGCAUGAGACAUUGGGCGGCUACCGGAAAUACUUCAACCAGAUUGUAGGCUUCUUCGUCAUUGAGGACCACGUCCUGCACACAAGCCAGGGCUUGGUGGACAGAGUCUACAUCGAUGAGCUCUGGGAGAUGGCGCUGUCAAAGACGAUCGCCGCUCUCCGGACGCAUUCCUCCUACUGCUCUGACCCCAACCUGAUUUUGGACUUGAAGAAUCUCAUUGUGCUUUUCGCUGAUACGCUCCAGGGAUACGGCUUCCCCGUCAACCACCUCUUUGACUUGCUGCUGGAAAUCCGGGAUCAGUACAGUGAGACUCUGCUGAAGAAGUGGGCAGGAGCCUUCAGAAACAUUUUGGAUUCGGAUAACUACAGUCCCAUCCCGGUGGCCAACGAAGAGCAGUAUCAGAAAAUGGUCGGGCAGUUUCCCUUCCAUGAUCCGGAGCUGGAAAAGCAACCGUUCCCCAAGAAAUUCCCCUUUUCCGAGUUUGUGCCUAGAGUUUACAGCCAGAUCAAGGAAUUUAUCUAUGCUUGUCUGAAGUUCUCUGAAGACCUUCACCUAAGCUCCACCGAAGUGGAUGACAUGAUUCGGAAAUCGACCAACUUGCUGCUGACUCGAACGCUGAGCAACUGCUUGCAGAAUGUCAUCAAGAGGAGGAACGUCGGCCUGACGGAGCUGGUCCAGAUUAUUAUCAACACGACGCACUUGGAGAAGUCCUGCAGGUUCCUUGAGGAAUUCAUAACCAACAUCACCAACGUCCUGCCAGAAACCGUCCACACGACGAAGUUAUAUGGAACGACCACCUUCAAGGAUGCUCGCCAUGCUGCAGAGGAGGAGAUCUACACGAACUUGAACCAGAAGAUCGACCAGUUCUUGCAGCUUGCAGAUUAUGACUGGAUGGCCGUCGAGGCAGGUUCAAAGGCCAGCGACUACCUGGUGGACCUCAUUGCCUUCCUGCGCAGCACCUUCGCGGUCUUUACACACCUGCCUGGCAAGGUGGCUCAGACGGCCUGCAUGUCUGCCUGCAAGCACUUGGCCACUUCGCUGACCCAGCUGCUCUUGGAAGCCGAAGUCCGGCAGCUCUCGCUGGGAGCCUUGCAGCAGUUCAACCUGGAUGUGGCGGAGUGUGAACAGUUUGCCAGAUCCGGCCCAGUGCCUGGGUUCCAAGGGGACACACUGCAGUUGGCCUUCAUCGACUUGAGACAACUCUUAGAUCUGUUUCUCCAGUGGGAUUGGUCUACAUACCUGGCCGACUACGGGCAGCCGACCUGCAAAUACCUUCGCGUGAAUCCCACAACGGCGCUGAUCUUGCUGGAAAAGAUAUCGCGAGAGAUGAAGGACACGAGCCGCAAGAACAACGUCUUUGCGCAGUUCCGGAAGAACGAGCGGGACAAGCAGAAGCUGAUUGACACGGUGGCCAAGCAGCUGCGAGGCCUCAUCAACACCCACCACUCGUGAGGUGGGGUCAGGCAGGGCCACGCGGCUGCCGGGGUGGGCUUGGGAAAUGCUUGGGGGUGUGCCCAGCAGCACGCAGAGGAGGCUUGUCCCGUCACCGGCCUGCCCUCCUCGUGGAGCCCUUCCUCGUGGACAAAGGUGGCUGCUGGAGGAGAAGGAGAGGCGAGGGCCUGGCAGGCGCCAACUGUUCCUGCGUCAUCAUCCUCUUCCCAGGAUUUGAGGCCUCUUCGUCAAGACCGGGACACGAUCCAGGAGCCCAAAGCCCCGUAAACUCCUUCCAGAAGCCAAAUGCCAGUGGGUCCAUCACUCUGGUGUUUGCUGACAGCAUCGGGUGGUUUUUUUUUAAAAAAAAGGGUUGGGGCUCCAAACGUGCCUCAGCAAAGAGACAUUUUAUUUGCCUGCAAUGUGGAAUUGGUUGUUUGGGGUGUGGCUGUAGCAGGAGGAUCGGCUGAGGGUCCUUUCCCAUGGCUGGUUGGUGGUGAUGUUUUCAUUGCGAAGCCUCCGUUGCUGGGCAUCUUGGCAAGGCAGCCGGCAUCACCUGUGCCCCAAACACCUUGCUUUGUAUUUUCCAGAAAGCAGCGCAUUGUGAUGUUCAGAGCAUCCCUUUGUGGCGUCGCAACUGACAGCUGAGGGGGGCGGUCACUUCCCCAGGGGGAAACAGCUGAGCGAAUUGGCCCUUACACUUCCUGGGAGAGCAGAGACACACACACCUUUGCGUGCACACACACACACACGCACACAUACCCUUUCAACUCUGGCUGUUUGCAAAUGGAAUUUCAAUUCUCACUGCAGGCCUACAGUCAGUUCAUUAAGAAUGAGGAACGGAGAUAUUUGAGCAGUGUAAUUUCGGUGCGGGUUCUGUUUAUCCAUUAAGGCAGGCAAGGGGAUCUGCUGGGAUCAACCCCUUCCCCAUAUGGCUUCCCCGUGAGAGGAAGUUUUUGUGGGUCAGACUGGCCUCUAGUGGGGGGGGGCUGUUUUCCUUCCGCUGCCUUGCCCAUCCUACCUGGGGCAGUGGCUUUCCCUGCCCUUUCCACUUUGCUCUCCAGACACUAUGUUUAAAUGUUUAUUUGCCUGUGAGUUCAGCAGCGUCCCCCAGGGCUGCAUUUCUAAGGGUUUGCCCACAUUAGGGGUACCUGAGCCCCACUUUGUGAGCAGGUCUGCCUUGGAAAUACAUUUUCCUUCCAUGCUGCCUGCAGCUACGGAGGGGCAGCCAUGAGGCUUGUGGGAAUGAGGUGGAAAAGUCUUCCUUUAAAAUAAAACCUUACCCCAGCAGAAUCUCACAGCCAGAAGGAGGGGCCCUUCCCAGUCCCCUGAGCCCCCUCUUUCCCUGCCUGGCUUGUGGCUGCAGUGGGAAAUUUGGGGGCGUGAGCCACUGGGCAGCUCUGCUUACAUCAGGCUAGGAAAGGUGGGUUGCCAGUCUACUGCCAGUGGGCAGCUUGUCUAGCCAUGGUUGGCACAGGUGGGCAGCGCCCCCCAUUGCAGGGCACCAUUCCUGUCCUAUCCAGUUACACUCGUCCAGGAAAUGUUCCUAGUGGCAUGGGGGGGGGUUGCUCCCUGCCCUGAGCUCCCUUGAGCCCUCAGAGGAGUGGGGGGCCUUCUUACUGGGCCUCCUGAAGUAAAAGAUCUGGUGGUCCCAAAUUUCUACACGAUCCUUGCAGGCAUCGGAAUCAGUCAGGACUCCAAUGGAAGACAAAAGCCCAACAGAAGCAGGCAAAGUUUGUGUAUGUGUGCCGUGAGAUGAUGUCUGUAGACGGAAUGUGGAUGUGGUUGGGAACUGCCAAAAUACCUCCCUGUCUAGAGGACCACAUGAAUCCCCCUCACCAUUUUGCCUUGUCCACCUCUGUCCCUAUAAGGUGGGGGUUCUCUUUCCACUGCCAAAGGCAGAAGAGACUGGAGCAGGGUGUGUGUGUGGCUUUGGGUCCGUCCCAUGUUUUUGAUUUGAAUGAUUCUCCCGCAUCUCCCAGAAUCUCCCCCAUCCAGCCCGACAUCACCUGUGGGGAGGAAUUUGAUGGUCAUUUCCGGCUCAAGUUCCUUUUGGUCGCAGCAGCCACAGGUGUUCCACGCCCUCUUACAUUUGGGGGCACGAAAGGGAAAGGAGGUGAUCUCCGUGAGAGGAUCUUUCCCCCCAGUUGAGCUGGUGCAGGUAGAUUUGUCCCUCCAUGGUGAAUCUUUGUUCCGUUCUUCUGACCAGGUCUCCUUGGCGUGGGGUGGGAUGAAGCCGCGACAGGAGGAGCGAGGGGGGUGAAGCAGUUCUCUGCGAAACUGACACCAGGUCACUGGGUGGUGGUGGUUGGGGUUCCUGUCCUGGGAGUAGUUACAGCACUGAAAAAGGGGAAAGCCGGACAGCAGGCAGGCCUGGACUUUGAAGGCUUCCCUGUUCCCAAGCUGGCUGCUUCCAGGCGAGGCCUCGGUUUGCGCCAGGAGCCAACCCAUUCCUUUUGCUUUCCUGAGCAAAAGCCAGAAGGGAGACUAAGCUGGAGACCCCAGCCGGCCACGAACAUCCCGCAGCCUCCGACCAGGCCCUCCUUCCAGCCUCCACGGCGCUCAAUGGAAAGAGGGUUGCCGGAUCUGGGUGGGACCGACUUAUCCGCAGAGCAGCCCAAACUGAACCCUCCUGGCCCUGAUCUGGAGAAAAGGCUGGUUGGUGUGAGAAGGGGGGAAGCCCCUCUGGAGCUAAAGGAGAUAUUUGUUCCGAGUGUCCGGUUUCAGUAGGGUCCAACUCCAAACCGCCCGUCGCAUAACGGGGAUGAGAAACGGAAUUUUGGUGCUCUGCUCCCAAUUAGCGUUUUCUUCCAGGCCAUACAGUCCCACCCCUUCAAAAGGGAAUUAAUCAUUGCGGCAGAGCGAGCGAGUGAGCGAGAGUGAGUCGGCUUCCUUUAGAGAAGCAAAGCGGGAGAACGUUUUCUGGUUUUUUAAAAAAGAAAUCCCCGUGAAUGAAUUGCCUCCUCCGCAGUUCAUUGUUUGAUACGGAGAGACGGGGCGGGUGAGAAGUAUCAUUAUUAAUAGGAGAAUAAUUGGGGGGUGUGUGUGUGUGAAGAACAGCCACCAGCCUUUGGCCACCCAGGCAAUCUGAGUAGAAACCUGCCGGGGGGGGCGCUAGGGGGUGGUGCCCAGGCAUUCCCUGCAGAAUUGCAGGCGGGGUCCUGGGGCAGCUCUCUUGGGGUCUGCCAUGCAGCCCCUCAGGGUGGCAAAGCGGGCUUAGUCCUGGCUGCUCCUUCCUCUUCCCUUUAAGACUUGAGAGCGGCAGGACUGGCAAGAUGCUCUUGGGUACACAAGCACCCUGGCCCGCCUGCAGGGGCUUGUAGCUGCUCUAGAGUGGGGGGGGGGCUUUCCUCCCCAGCCGCCUCCUUCACAGGGACCUCUCCUGCCCACAUCCUUCCUGACGACACUUUGCUGGAGAUCAAAGCAAAAGUUCUUUGCUGGUUUUGCACUUGGGUUAAAUCUGACCCCACUUUUCAAACUCACAAGGGAAAAAAGAAAACCCCCUCUCCAUUGUAUUGUUGCCGUUUGUGUUUUUUGUUUUUAAAUAUUCCUUUUGUACGUAGGUCUUUUUUAAAUUGUUACUAUUUUUUUAAAGCCGGGCUCUUUGUUCCUGCAGAAACCGUUUCCAUUAAGGGCUUGCAAAUGUGAUCGUUCCGGGGUGGUUGUAAGGAAGCCGGCUGGUGGGUCUCAAAGCAAAUGCUUUAGUGCCACCGCCUGAGAGUCUGGCUGUCCAGGGCAGGCGGUCAAGAGUAGGCGAAUGGUUUGGCCUCUCCUGGGGCCUCUGGAGGCAAGUAGUGCCCGUCCUUUUGGCUUGGCACACAGACCAUCGCAAGAGCCAGCUCUCAUGGCCCAUUUUUGGUGCAGCCGUCUUCUGAGCACUGCAACAGCGACGGCAUAAAUCACCACAAACCUGGAAAUCCUUUGAGAAGUGGCUUGCACCAGGCGUUGGGUCUCAGCCACAUAGCACAUCUUAGAAGCAGUCAGAAGACCACUUGUUCGUGGCCCCAAAACUACCACAACCGCACCCGACACAUGAGCUUCUCGGUAGUACGUUUAUUAAUUGCUCAUUUAUCUGUGUGCUUUUUUAUUUCUGGGUGUCUUCUGUUUUUUAUUUUGAGGGGAGUAUUUUGUAAACUAAUGUGGUGAAAACAGCUUUUUUUGCACAAGUCAUUGCACAAAAAGGGUGAAAUGUUUAGUACAUUUUAAGUUUUAACUUUAAAGGGAUUUCUGUCGGAGAGGGCUAGAACAGCUACUGAUCUUAAGAAGGGGGGAAACGGGGGCUGCAUGGGGCUGCUGUCUGAAUGGCAUUAGAUAUUUUAGCAUGUUGAUUUGAACUGUACAUUUAUUAUUCUGUCGUAAUUUUUAUUAAAAACCAUGUCAUCCAA